AUGAAGAAAAAGACUGUGCUGGCCUUGUUUGGUGUGGUCCUGGGUUACCUGGUGACAGGGGCUGUAAUCUUCCAGAUGUUGGAGCAACCGUAUGAGGCUGAACAGCAAGGCCAACUCACUAAGCAUCGCAAGGCUUUCCUUGAGGAGUACACGUGCAUUCCUGAAGAGAAUUUGGACGUCUUUAUACUGCAGGUAAAGGAUGCACUCGGCUCCGGGGUUGACCCUGCUGGGAAUUCCACAAAUGAAACAACGCGCUGGGAUAUUGGAAGCUGCUUCUUCUUCGCGGGCACAGUUAUCACCACCAUCGGAUUUGGUAAUAAUUCCCCUAAGACGGACGGUGGACGCAUCUUCUGUAUUUUCUAUGCCCUCGUAGGGAUUCCCCUCUUUGGAAUUCUUUUGGCUGGAGUCGGCGAUCACUUGGGAUCUGCUCUUCGUAAAGGAAUUGGGAAAGUGGAGAUGAUAUUCCUGAAGUGGCGCGUCUCCCCCACAAUUGUAAGAGUCUUGUCUGCUGUUCUCUUCAUUCUUAUUGGCUGUCUCCUCUUUGUGCUCAUCCCCACGUUCAUCUUCCAGCGGAUCGAGGAAUGGACCCUCCUAGAGUCUAUAUAUUUUGUAGUCAUUACUUUGACCACCAUCGGCUUCGGGGAUUAUGUAGCGGGGGAUGGCUCAGGAAGAGAGGACACAUGGUACAAACCUCUGGUGUGGUUUUGGAUAUUACUGGGUCUCGCUUACUUCGCUUCAAUACUGACGAUGAUCGGCAACUGGCUGAGAGUGCUGACCCGGAAAACGAGAGCUGAGAUGGGGGGCCUUACUGCUCACGCAGCAAACUGGACAGCAAGUAUGACAGCGGAUAUGAAGCUGCCGCACCGCGGGCUGAGCCUCAACUUCCAGGAAAAGUUGUCUCGUACAAAAGGAGGCAAGCCAGGGUCUGGAAGUAUACAAGGAGACUAUAAUGACAACGGCGACGAGCCCGAGAGGGAGGAGGAGGAGGAAGAAGAAGAAGACAUGAACGAUGAAGAGGAACCUCCCCAAACAAUACCUCCUUCCACACCAAUAAUCAUGCAGACACCACCUCAAACGCCUAGCCUUACAGAGGAUGCUGGGAGAUGGCCCUUGGAGUGGGGAGAAAACUUGGCCUUCAUAGACGAGUCAUCUGACACCCAAAGUGAGAGGGGAGCUGAAGAUGGGGAGAUAGGAGGUGAAGGAGAGGUUAAAUGUAGGGUUCCUAGAGGUAAGAGAAAAAGGCGCGGUGUGAAAAGAGGAGCCAAAGUUGACGUCCUUCCUGUGCCACGGAACCGGGACAAGGGUGAAAGCGGAUAGGAGAAGGACUUUAAGUUGUCCUAAUACUCUGUUUUAAAGUAAACCCCUACUCGCCUCACCCUGUGUUACCCCAUAAGUGCCUGCCUCACCCUGUGUUACCAAGAAUGCACAGCCUAGGCAGCUACAGCCUCCUCACACACUGCCCUUACUGCUUCUAUAACUAAAGCAGCUGAUAUCUGUGCCUUGCGUUGAUGGAGGAGGCAACUUGGGAAGAGAUUCCAUCAGUAAAAUGUCUCUUGCAGGACAGGCUAUUGAGUUACGGGUAUCUGAGGUUGGUGGUUGUGAGGGGCAGGGCUAAUUAAUGGUCUGAAAUAAAGAGAUUUAACAAGC